AUGGUUCACGGGCCAUUCCAUCUCAUCAAAAUAAAUUACUACACGACUGUUUUUUGCUCGAUCAUCAACGUCUCUGUGAUCUUUCUCGUUAUUUUAAAAGCGCCUCGGGAAAUGAGGAUUCAAUCAAAGUCUAUUGCUUAUGCACACUUUAGCGCCGUGCUUCGCCGACUUGAUUCAUGGCUUUUUCUGUUUAGCACGAUACACGAAUUC